AAAAUUCUUCCGGUUGUUUUUUUUCGUUCGUUCGUUUAUUGAAUCCAAUUAGUCCGUCAAUCAUCAAUCGACGAAUUAUCUAUUCAUAAAUUCUGUAAUUCGUUUUGAAUAAAUUUUAAAUUUUAAAAGAAUCCAGAAUGAAAUUUUUAAAAAGUUUGAUAACAUUAAUAUUUUAUACAUUUUGCUGUUGGCUAUCAUACGGUAUUGAUCAUCGUUCAAUGAUUAUGGUCGAAACAAUGGAAAAUUAUCAAUCAUUUGCUGAAGAAGUACCAUAUAAAAAUUUAAUGAAAAGAUGUGAAACAGAUAAAUUUAAACGUAAAGAUAUAUUUCAACAAAAAGUUGAUAUUAAAAAUGAUUGUAAUUAUACAAGAUAUACUGAAGAUUUACGUACAUUUAUACAGAUGUCAAUGUGUUUAGUUAAAAAAGAAUUACAAUUAAAAAUGGACGAUAAAUCAAAACGAAAUUUUGGACGUAUUCGUAGUCAUCAUAACCAUAACCAUAAUCAUCAUCAUCAUCAUAAUCGAUAUCGACAAUUUAAACAUAAAUUAUUACCAACAACAACAACAACAACGAGAACAUUAAAUAGACAAAUUAAUGAUUAUUUUGAUGAUGGUGGUGCAAAUAAAUAUCGACAACAAUAUAAUUCUAAUGAUAAUAAUGGUGGUGGUCAAAGUUUAGCAGAAUUAUAUGACCAAGUUCAUAAUAGUGAUGGACAAACAACAACAUCAGCAGCAGUAUUAUUCCGCAAUCCAAAAUAUUCUUCUUCUUCUUCAUUAUUAAAUAAUUAUAAUCAAAAUCCAUAUAACAAACGUUCGGCACCAGCAUUAUAUAAAGAUAUUUUUCAAAAUAUGACACAUCAUUUGAAUCAACUGAGCACCUUUCAAGAGAAUUACGCAAUGGGCAAAAAUCCGACCAUGCAACGUUUAGAUAAAAUGGAACAACUGGAGCAAAUAUUGCAUGGUCUUAAAAGAGAUAUUCUUUUGAAAUUAAUAAAUAUUGCCAAAUGCGAAAGAUUCAAACAUGAUUGUCAAUUGUUGCAGCCAAAUAUAACCACCACUGAUGAUACACAAGCAUCAUCAAGAUUUUUGGCUCGCUAUAAAACAAUAUUGACUCAUUAUAUCGAUGAUUUGAAAAAUUCUUUAUCAUAUCUACUAAAAUUAGCUGGUAGUAGUGAAACGCCGGAAGAUAAGUUGGCAUUAUGCGGAUAAAGAAUUUUUUAAAAAAGGCCAAAAAAUACGAACGGACGAACGAUACUAUCGACAAAAACAUAACCACCACCAAUAUUAUCAAUUUUUUUUAAAAUUUAAACUAAUUUUUAAUUAAUAAUUUUUUUUAAAUUUGAAUAAAAUUCAAAUUAAUCAAUCAA